AUAUGGCAUCAGCUACUAAAGUAAAAAGAAAUAAGAGAAAAGAGAAAGAAGAACAAAUAUAAAGUAAAUCAUAAGGAAGCUUUCACAAUUUAGAAUUAUUAUGUAAAACAGAUGAUAGAUAAAAAAAAACACUUUAGAAAAUAAUCAAAUAAAAACCAGAUCUUGCAAAAAGCUUAAAUAUAUAUGCAGAUGGAGUUAGAUACUACAUAGCACGUUAAUAAUAGAGGGAUAAAUUAUUGGCUGGAAAAGAAACUCCUUUGGCAGAUGUUACAGAGGAAUAAGUAUAAAUACCUGUUUUACCAUCUAUCACAAAUCGUUAAAUAGUAAGAUAAUUUAAACAGGACCCAUUUAAUCCAAGAAAACUAUCAGAAAGCUUAGAAAAAGCAAAUAGAAGAUAAAAUAAUAGUAAUAAUUACACUCCUUUUGCAAAUAGAUAAAAGGUUGCUAUUUUAUCUUAAAAUCCUCCUUUAAAAAUAAAUAGAGAAAAAGAAUUACCAAAACUAAAAGUAAAGAAAUAAAAUCUUACUUAGUUUAAUUAUUAUAUAGGUCCUGGAAAUAACGGAGAAUUAGUUAAACGUAUUUUAUAAAGAAGAGAAUAAUAUUGGAGUGCAGUACCAUAAUAAUUUUAAUAUAAACAUUUUAUUUGGUAAUAAUCUUACUUUGGGAUGGAUUUUAAUAAACUUUAAGCUUCAGAUAGUUUAUUCACAAGAGUUAUGUAUAAUUUUUUUGAAUUUCACAAAAAUAUCACAUCUAAAUCUGGUAUAUAAUUAGAUUUAUUAAAUAGGUUUAUCAAUGUCUUUAUUAUAAUACUAUAACAAUAUAGAGAGAACAUUUGAUGUUAUUCCUUUAGUUUUUAUCUUAAAUUUUAAGAAUUCUGAUUGGAUGAAAGAUGUUCAAUAAUUUACUGAAUUUUAUUGUAAUAAUAAUCCUUUACCUUAAACAUCAAUGAAAAAUUCAUUAGAUUUUGACUUUUAUGUAUCAAAUAUUGCUCCAAAUAAAGUAAAUUAUAAUGGGAUAAAAACUUAUAAAAUGGCAGAAACAUUAACAAAUAAGAUGCAAUAUUUAUGGCUUUUAAAACCUGCAGAUUGGAAUAGAGGAGAAGGAGUUCAUGUGUUUAAUACAUUAGAAGAAGUAGAAGGGUUGAUAAAAUCAUAUUAUAAUGGGAAAGGUAAUUAUGAAUGCAAGGAAUUUGUGAUAUAGAAAUAUAUUGAGAGACCUUUAUUGUUGGGAGGAAGAAAAUUCGACAUAAGAUGUUGGAUAUUGAUAAGUCAUGAUAUGCAGUUCUAUUUAUUUAAAGAGGCAUAUAUAAGGACAAGUGGGGCAAUAUUUAGUUUAGAGAAUGUAUAUUUAUAGAAAAAUUAUAAUAGAAAGAUAGGUAUAUUCAUUUGACAAAUAACGCAGUGUAAAAAAAUGCGUAGAAUUAUGGAUAAUUUGAAGAUGGGAAUUAAUUAUCACUAAAAAGAUUUUAAAAGUAAUUGGAGUAAGAUAUAUUUUAUAAAAUUUAGUUUAUAAGAAAAAUAGUAUGAUUUUAGAAAGGAGGGAUGGCCUAAAAUAAAAGAGAUAGUGAAGUUAACAUUAAAUUCGACAAGAUUGAAUAAAAGGAAUAGAAAAUAUGGAAUGCAAAUCUUGGGUUAUGAUUUUAUGGUCGACGAAAAUUUAAAGUUGUGGUUAAUAGAAGUUAAUGCAAAUCCAUGUAUAGAAGAGAGUUCGAAUCUAUUAAAGAUGUUGAUUCCUAGAAUGUUGGAUGAUGCUUUCAAACUUACAAUAGAUAAAGUAUUUACUCCAGAUGUAGACUUUGGGAGUCAAUAGUAAAAACUAAAAGUAGAUGAUUAUGAUGAUUCUGAAAAUAUGUGGGAACUAUUGGGGAUGUGUGGAUGA